AUGCCCGAACAGACACAACCGGGGGUGGCGGCAGCAUCGACAAAGUCGAAACAUGCACAUGCGGCGUCGCAAGCACAACCUGCGCCUCGCAAGGUCCGCUUCAACGUCGGAUCGCAGUACCAGGUGCUCGACGUGGUGGGCGAAGGCGCAUAUGGCAUUGUGUGCUCAGCAGUACACAAACCCAGUGGCCGCAAGGUUGCAAUCAAGAAGAUCGCCCCCUUCGACCACUCCAUGUUCUGUCUGCGCACUCUCAGAGAGUUGAAACUACUGAAAUUCUUGAGCGAAGCGGGCGUCAGCGAGAAUAUCAUCUCAAUUCUGGACAUCAUCAAACCUCCUUCAAUCGAACAGUUCAAAGAGGUGUAUCUGAUCCAAGAACUUAUGGAAACCGACAUGCACCGCGUCAUCCGCACCCAGGACCUGUCUGACGACCACGCACAGUACUUUAUUUAUCAAACCUUGCGUGCGCUCAAAGCAUUGCAUUCCGCGGAUGUCAUCCAUCGUGACCUGAAGCCAUCAAACCUGCUCCUCAAUGCCAACUGUGACCUCAAAGUAUGCGACUUUGGACUCGCGCGCUCUGUUAAAACCGCCGAGCCAUCAGGCACCGAGACAGGUUUCAUGACUGAAUAUGUGGCGACACGAUGGUACCGUGCGCCAGAGAUUAUGCUUACAUUCAAACAGUACACGAAAGCUAUCGACAUCUGGUCGGUAGGCUGCAUCCUGGCUGAGAUGCUUUCUGGCAAGCCACUGUUCCCAGGGCGGGAUUACCAUCAUCAACUCACGCUGAUCCUCGAUGUCCUUGGGACGCCCACGCUAGACGAGUUCUAUGCAAUCACGACGCGCCGGUCGCGCGAUUACAUCCGUGCGCUGCCGUUCAGGAAAAGGAAACCGUUCGCCCAGUUAUUCCCGAACGCGAACCCUCUCGCUGUGGACUUCCUAACCAAGAGCUUGACGUUUGAUCCGAAAAAGCGCAUCACUGUUGAGGACGCGCUCGCUCACCCGUAUCUUGAAGCAUAUCAUGACCCUGAGGAUGAGCCUGUGGCGCCUCCACUAGACCCCGAGUUCUUCGAGUUCGAUCUGCACAAGGACGACAUCAGCCGCGAGCAACUGAAGGAGCUUCUCUACAAUGAAAUCACGUCCUUCCGCCCGCCGCCUCUGACAUAA